AUGGAUGUUUCGAGCAGGGAUGACAGCGACUACAGAAUUCUGGUGGGAAGUCAGGUCAGAUAUUUAACAAUCAGCGUCGGCACAUUCGAACGAUCCACACUUUCUAUGCCCCUGAGCUCGUUGCCCGAAUUUCCUGAAGAUGACACCUGGAAUAUGGCGUAUGUCAGUCGAGAUCCGUCGAGCGGUGAGAUCAUCAUGGAUCUUCAGCACAAAGCCUUCAUCGGUAUUACUGAUCUGUGGCAUCCUGUGUUGAUUGACUGUCUUGAGUUAAAAAGGGUCAGGCAGUUAACUGCUACCGCGUACGAAGCAAUAUACACUUGUGACGAAUCAUCAAGUGCUACGAGAUCGCCACUUGUUAUUGCAAAAGUUGCACGGUUUGAGUGGGAGCUACCUCGUCUAUCAGCGGAGACCCUUGUCUACAGAAGCUUAGAAAACACAGGUCUAGCCCCACGUUUCAUUGGUCAUGUCCACGAGCAUGGUCGUGUGAUCGGCUUCAUACUGGAAAAGCUCCAGGGGCGGGAAGCAAACAUCAAGGAUCUCUCGUCUUGUCAAUCUGCUCUUCAGCGGUUACAUGAUAUUGGCAUCCUCCAUGGCGAUGUUAAUAGAUACAAUUUCAUUGUGCAAGAUGAUACCGUGCGACUGAUUGAUUUUGAGAAUAGUCAAUUUCGUGAUAGCGCUACUGCAUAUAUGCAAGCUGAGAUGGACAGUCUGUGUGAUCGAUUGGUAGAGGACACGGGACGUGGUGCGGGUUUCACUCGGUGA